UCCUCCUCCUGUCCCCCCGCCUCCUCUCCUCCUUCCCGUCUCUCCUCAGCACGCAAGCAUUUGGCCAUCCCAGCCCCUCCAAGGGAUCCCGGCUGGCUGGGUUGGGAGCCAGCGCCGCGUCGCCCAGCCGAGGGAGAGGGGAUCCCGUGUGUUCCUCGACUCGCUCUGGAGCCCUAGCAGGUUCAUGUUGGGAAAGGGUUUGAAACGCAAGCUGAGUGAUUAUGAAGAGAACAUGGCUGGUGUGUCAAGUGCCUUUGAUUCCAGUCGAAACCUGCCAUACCCACUCAAGCGUCAGUUGGUGCUCAAUGUUUGCCUUGCCAAGUUACAGACAUAUAAGAUGCUGGUGGAACCAAAUUUACAUCGUUCUGUGCUUAUAGCCAAUACUGUCAGACAAAUCCAAGAGGAGAUGAGGCAAGAAACUAGCCAACAGCCUGUUAACAUGUGUGGUGGUUUAAGUACCACCCCUUCCAAUUACCUAGGUUUUGAUUUGUUUGGAAUGCCUUCACACUUUUUGCCUGGUAUUAAUCAACAGGAAUCAUAUGGUUAUGAACCACGGUCUGUGGAAAGUCCAAUUGAAAAUAGCUUGUUGAUGGUUUCAGAUAAUGACAUGUCAUCAGCCAUUUCCUCUAUUCUAAAAGAUUUGGACUUCAUGGAAGAUGUGAGUCCACCUACUUACUUGGCUGGAUCUGGAGAUGAUCAGUUCAAGACUUCUGAAAUGUCAGUUCUUAAAUUAGAAGAAGAUAGACAAGACUUGAAAGGAGUAGAAUGUGCUUUUGGUUCCUUUGAAAUUUCAAAUUCAACUAGUUACUUGAAAGACUUGGCUAUUGAUGACAUAUUUGAAGAUAUUGACACUUCAAUGUAUGAUUCAGACUUUGACUGCCCCUCACCCACUCCUCCGAGAACACUAUCUGUGGCAACAACAGAAGAGAUGUUGAAGACAUUCCCUUCUUGCAAUUCUUCCUCAGCAAGCAACAUCCCAAUAUGCAGAAGUGAUAUCACUGAUUUAGACCAUAUUAUGGAAAUUUUGGUAGGGUCCUGACACUUUUACAAGUCCAAAGAUACUUUUUCCUAAGCUGCCAUACGAUGCUGGUUUGAAGAUAAGCCACAGAAGGGAGUGAACUUCAAAGUGUUAUGCCAAAAUGGCAGCUGCAGUCAUUUUCUUUAAUGGUUCUCAAAACCUCCCUAAAAUUCAUAUAAACCAAAAAAAAAAAAAGUGACAGCCUGUUAUAUAAAAUGGAGUAUUUAUUAAAUCAAUUGUGCAAUCUUUUUAGCCCUUUUAGGAUAUACAUGAGGAGUGUAUCUCAUGUGUUUCUUGUUUAUUCCUACAAAUCUUACUUUUUAAUGUGCAAUUUUUAAUCUGUAUGAAGGAUUUGCAGAACAGCAAUUUUCAUAAGAGGGGAAACAUCAUCUGAAGUCUAAAGAUUUAUUUUUAGUAUUAAAUUACAUUCUUUAUUGGCAUUCACUGAAGUUGCAUACUUGGGUUUGCAGCCUCAGUGCAGUAUAUUUUUUAAAAUAUUUAAGGAAUUACAGAUCUCUUCCCUUUUACUGAAGACUCUAGAUGUUUGGCAGCAAAAUCUCUUGCAUUUUGUAAAACAUUUAAAACUAUUUAUUUUUGUAAAUUUUAUAGUCUUUUUACAUUUUAUUACAAUGUUCUAGUUUGGAGAUGAAUUUCUGGUUGGAUGUGGCUGGCACUACCUCUGUUAGCAGAAAUGCUUUAACUCUUUUCAGUGCUUUGUCUAACACUGCAGAUCUUUUAGUUUUCUUGGAUAUUUCUGGUGGUAGAAGCAAACACAGCAAUUUGCUGAUUGGUUAAAUUUUAUGGUAUUUAACUGUAAUUUAUAUGUAUAUUGUCUGAUUUUAGAACUUUGUCAGUAUUAUGUGCAUCAAUCUGGGGGUAAUAUGACUUUUUAAAAUUUAGUAUUUUCUGUAUAGCUAGAGCUAUUUUAAUUCUCUGAAACAGAAUUUUAGAUUUUAUGUGCAAUAUAUCACUUAAACAGGCCACUUUUGCACACCCUGUAUUAUAAGGAAAUACAUAAAAUCUAGAUGAUGGAAAUUGAUAAUACUAGUGAUAUCAGAGGUGUAUCAUCCAAUUCAGUCUGCUGGCAGCUCUGUGCAAGAUCUGUAAGAGUUGAAUAUGGCUUGCCUAAGCACCGCUCUGAUUUUGCACAUUUCCGUUCCUUAAAAUGGAAUUUUAGUUGUCCAAAGUGCUUGCGAUGGAUUGUAUCUUCUUAGUGGCAGUUUUUAUCUUGGUUUGGCCAAAUAAAGUUCUAAUUGAGUUGAAGCCCAGGAAAUCAUCCUGCCAUUAGAGGCUUACAUCUGCCUACAAGAAUUAUACUUCAAAUUACAGAAAUAGUUUUUUUUUUUA